AUGCCGUGGUUCGAAGGAUCACGGCUCCGAGCUGCGCACAGAGUCGAUGUCCCACAACGAGAUUCCGCAUGGGCCGCGGCCGUGCAAGUUGCUUCCAACGUUGUUGGAAAUGUCGUCAAAAAAGCAGCCAAGGACGGCAUGACUAUCGAUCCAUUGCGAACCGUCGCGAAGGAGAUGCAAUUCCUCACCGGCAACAUUCGUAAGCUACUUGGCUCAGGGCACCCCUCCCUCGACCGGGUAGCCAAGUACUAUACCCAAGCAGAGGGCAAGCAUGUGCGCCCGCUCAUUGUUCUGCUGAUGAGCCGCGCGACAUAUCUUUGCCCCAAGAACCCACAACCUGAAACAGUACAUAGCGCAAGAGCCAUUGACUCGUCGAUAUCUCCUGUUACGAUUCUUGCCGAUGUAAACCCAUCAGCCAUGCCGCUGACUUCGAACGAACCCGAAAUGAAAGAUGGCAACCUAGAUAUUCUCCCCAGCCAGAGACGUCUGGCCGAAAUUACCGAACUCAUCCAUACUGCAUCUCUCCUCCACGACGAUGUUAUUGACCAUUCAGUGUCAAGGCGUGGCUCCCCGUCAGCCAAUUUAGAGUUUGGCAAUAAGAUGGCAGUUCUAGCUGGCGACUUUCUUCUCGGACGCGCUUCAGUUGCCCUCGCCAGAUUAAGGCACGUCGAAGUGGUGGAGCUGUUGGCCACGGUAAUUGCCAAUCUCGUCGAGGGAGAGUUUAUGCAGCUGAAGAACACGGAACGGGACGAGCGAAGCCCCAAAUAUUCCGAGGAGACCUUGAGCUAUUAUUUGCAAAAGACAUAUCUCAAGACAGCCAGCUUAAUUUCCAAGUCAUGCCGCGCGGCUGCCUUGCUUGGUAAUGCAGACGCCACUACAGUUGACGCAGCCUAUUCGUACGGCCGAAACUUGGGUCUUGCGUUCCAGCUUGUCGACGACAUGCUCGACUAUACUCGAAGCGGGAAGGAUCUGGGGAAGCCCGCGGGCGCAGAUCUGGAACUGGGCUUGGCAACGGCACCGUUGUUAUUUGCAUGGAAGCAGAACCCAGAACUAGGUGCUUUGGUCGGUCGCAAGUUUGAGCGCGAGGGUGACGUGGAGAAGGCCCGCGACCUAGUUUUAAAGAGCGACGGCAUUGAGCAAACCAGAGCGCUGGCGCAGGACUAUUCUGAGAAGGCCAUCGCAGCAAUUGCGGACUUUCCCGAGAGCGAAGCCAAAGACGGCCUUAUUGAGAUGGCGCAGAAAACAAUUAAGCGACAGAAAUAA